AUGUCCAAACGUAAUUUGAACUCAUUCAGGUACGAGUCAGAAGAGGAUGAAUUUUUACGUGAACUUGAAGACAUGCGGUCGUCAUUGCAGAACAGCGAGCAGGAAGACGAAGUCCCUCAGGAUCCUGCUCCAAUACUCAGUGUCCUCUGUAGUCUUGUGGACGAGAUCGGUUCGCUGAGAACAGAAAACCGCCGGCUGAAAAUCCGAUUAGCUCCGCCACCGCCGAGAUCUAAGAAUGUGGUUCAACGCGUGUCGGCGAUCUUCGAUUCCCACACAAGCAUUUUCCCACGCCUACGUCGUGCCGCCCAUGCCGAAAUUCGCACCGGAGCAAGGGAACGGCUCUCGACGCCGCCAAGGAAGGUAACCAGACAAUAA